AUGCCUGCUACGACAGCAUUGCUCGCUGCAUUGGCGGCGCUGGUGCCAACUACUUUGGCCCAGGCAAAUACCAGUUAUAUCGACUAUUCAACAGAACCCCAACCAAGCCUAGAUGCUCAAACCCUCGGAAGGGUCAACUACGGUUUCCCCGAUUGCACCACGGGACCCCUGAGCAACACUUUGGUGUGCGACACGUCCGCUCGCCCUCACGAUCGCGCGGCCGCGCUGGUUUCGUUGUUUACAUUCGAGGAGCUCGUGAACAGCACUGGAAACAACAUCCCUGCUAUCCCACGACUCGGACUUCCUGCCUACAAUGUAUGGGUUGAGGCCCUCCAUGGAUUGGAUCGAGGAAACUUCACCACAUUCGGCGAAUAUAGCUGGGCAACAUCCUUCCCAUCUCCAAUUCUCUCCAUGGCGGCCCUGAAUCGCACAUUGAUCAAUCAGAUUGGUGGCAUCAUCUCCACUCAGGCAAGAGCAUUCAGCAACACUGGGCGAUUUGGUCUUGACGUCUAUGCACCCAACAUCAAUUCUUUCCGCCACCCGGUGUGGGGUCGUGGCCAAGAGACACCAGGUGAAGAUGCCUACUGCCUGUGCUCGGCGUACGCAUACGAGUAUAUCACCGGUAUUCAGGGCGGCGUCGACCCAGAGCACCUCAAAAUUGUGGCUACCGCGAAGCACUAUGCUGGCUACGACAUUGAAAAUUGGGGCAACCAUUCCCGUCUUGGGAAUGACAUGAGCAUCACUCAGCAAGAUCUGGCCGAGUAUUUCACACCUCAAUUCAGGACGGCGGUCCGAGAUGCCCGAGUACACAGUGUGAUGUCCUCGUACAAUUCUGUCAACGGCGUUCCCAGCUCUGCCAAUACCUUCCUCCUCCAAACUUUGCUUCGUGAUACCUGGGAUUUCGUCGAGGACGGAUAUGUCUCGUCUGACUGCGAUGCUGUCUACAAUGUCUUCAACCCCCAUGAGUAUGCGGCAAACAUUUCGAGCGCUGCGGCCGAUUCAAUGCGUGCUGGCACGGACAUUGAUUGUGGAACGUCCUACCAGCGUCACUUGAAUGAGUCCUUCUUCCAGGCCGAGAUCUCUCGCAGUGAGAUUGAGCGUGGUGUUAUCAGACUUUACUCCAACCUCGCCAGUCUCGGAUACUUUGAUGGUAACAAUAGCCAAUAUCGCGACCUCACGUGGUCCGAUGUCGUUGCUACCGAUGCAUGGAAUAUCUCGUACGAAGCCGCGGUGGAGGGUAUUGUCCUUCUCAAGAACGACGGCACUCUGCCUCUUUCCAAGAAAAUCAACAGCGUGGCCUUGAUCGGCCCCUGGGCUAAUGCCACCAAACAGAUGCAGGGCAACUAUUUCGGAGCCGCUCCGUAUCUCACCAGUCCCUUGGAUGCACUCAAGGCCUCAAAGUUGGACGUUACCUACGCGCUUGGCACAAACAUUUCCUCCACCUCGACCGAUGGGUUUGCUGAUGCAGUCUCUGCAGCCAAGAAAUCCGAUGUGAUCAUUUUCGCUGGUGGAAUUGACAACACAAUCGAGGCGGAGGGAAUGGACAGAGAGAACAUUGCAUGGCCGGGUAAUCAGCUUCAGCUCAUCAAAGAGCUGAGUGGUCUCGGAAAGCCGGUAGUCGUGCUUCAGAUGGGUGGUGGCCAGGUUGACUCGUCCUCACUGAAGACCAACAAGAACGUCAACGCGCUCAUUUGGGGCGGCUAUCCCGGUCAAUCUGGUGGACAGGCGCUUUUGGAUAUCAUCACUGGAAAGCGUGCUCCUGCGGGUCGCUUGACAACCACGCAAUAUCCAGCUGAGUAUGCGCUGCAGUUCCCUGCCAUAGAUAUGACAAUGCGACCUAGCGGCAGCAACCCAGGACAGACGUACAUGUGGUAUACAGGAACCCCAGUCUAUGAGUUUGGGCAUGGUCUCUUCUAUACCACUUUCAAGACAUCGCUGUCUCAAGCCAAAGGAAGUGGGAACUCCUUUGACAUUGUCGACCUUCUGACCCGAUCUCACGAUGGGUACAAUGUGAUCGAGCAGCUUCCGUUCCUCAACUUCACUGUCAGCGUCACUAACACUGGGGAUGUCGUUUCGGACUACACGGCAAUGCUGUUUGCUAACACAAAUGCCGGCCCUCAACCAUAUCCCAAUAAGUGGCUGGUGGGCUUCGACCGUCUCGGUUCCAUCAAGCCACAUGCCUCCCAAACGAUGACAAUCCCCAUCUCUCUUGACAAUGUCGCUCGCACGGACUCGCUAGGCAACCGGGUUGUCUAUCCGGGCAAGUAUGAGUUGGCUUUGAACAAUGAGCGCUCGGCAGUUCUGGCCUUCACAUUGACCGGUGAUGAGACUGUUAUCUCUAAGUGGCCGCUCGAUGAGCAGCAGAUCCCGCCGGCUUGA